GAUUCAAAGGAGCCAGGAGGAGGGAGAAGGCCGCUUUCUGGCUGAGCAUCAUGCCCGCUGCUGUCUCCCCAACUGCUAUCAAGAAGCAGCCGAGGUUCCACAGCAUCCACAAAGCAGUGAAAACCGGGAAUGUACAACAACUUGAAGAGCUAGUCAGUUCUGGAGCCAGCAUCAAUGAAGUGGAUCCAAUCUACAAAUUUACCCCCUUACACUGGGCUGCGUAUUCGGGGAGUCUGGAGUGCCUUCAGUGGCUGCUCUGGCAUGGAGCCGACAGGACCGAUGUGACGGUGAGAGGCUGGACUAUGGCUCAUCUCGCUGCGAUCAGAGGUCAGGACGCAUGCAUGCAGGCCCUUCUCAAUGAUAACAUCAAUCUAGGGGCCCAGGACGACCGAGGAUGUACUCCGGCGCACCUUGCUGCGACCCAUGGACACUCAUUCACUUUGCAAACCAUCCUCCGGAGCGGGGUGGAUGUAAAUGUUUCCGAUAAGAGCGACUGGAGGCCCAUACACAACGCCGCCUUCCAUGGCCGCCUAGGCUGCCUGCAGCUUCUGGUUAGAUGGGGAGCUACCCUGGAUGAUGUGGAUAACAACGGAAAUCUUCCGGUUCACUUGGCGGCAAUGGAGGGCCACCUUCCCUGCUUUAAAUUCCUCGUGAACAAAAUGCCCACUUUAUCUCACUCCUUGAAAGCCCGAAACGACCACGGGGAGACCCCCCGGGACCUGGCUGAGAGAUUCUACAAAACAGAUAUCGUAGAGUACAUCAAUAAGCUGCAGAGAGAGAAAGAUCAACCGAAGAAGCUGGAAAACUUCACGUUUCCAGGUCACGAUGCCGCCUUCAGAGGGGAUAUAGAGACCAUAAGAUCAUUACUGGAAAACCGAGUCAUCAGUAUUAAUGAGCGGGAUGAUAAGGGAUCGACUCUCUUACACAAAGCGGCUGGGCAAGGUCACUUGAGUCUCUUAGAGUGGCUGAUUAACAGAGAAGCAGAUUGUAACAUCACCAACGAUGCCGGAGAAUCACCGAAAGAUGUUGCUAAGAGGUUUGCCCAGUUGGCCGUUGUGGAAUUUCUGAAAGACAAAAUGGGGAAUGACUCUGACGAGGAACUCAAUGACAAAGACAAGCGGUUCUUCGAAAGACACACCGUGGAAGAGAGCACCGACUGCAAGGGAGACUUGAUUCUGAAUAAGCAGGGGAAAGUAGAUGCUCGUGAAAGGGCAUAUCAGAAGAUUGAAGAGCUGAAGAGACUCCUAGAAAUCGCCACCAGCAAUUUCAGGCAGCUUGGAGGAAUAACCCCUGAAGACAGAGAGGAAAAGAAAGCCGAGAAAGAAUUUGAAAAAAAGGUCUAUGAACUGCAGGCGCAGUUAGAGUAUGAACGGCUCCAGCGGGAGAAGCUGGAGGCAGAGGUGGACGAGUACCGGGAAGAGAUAAAGAAACUCAAAGAGCUGCAGGCCAAAGAGCAACAGGACAAUCCCCUCGUUGCCACGAGUGCCAUCUCUGUGGCCAGCGAAGCACCCUCCGAUCCAGGUAAAGAAAAAAAGAAAGUGAAGAGAAAAUCCCUCUACAGCCCUGGGGGAAUGUUUGUGAGAAGAUACUAGAGAGGUGCAAAUGGAAAGCUGGCUUGUUGGACCGAGAAGAUGAUUUCAAGAGGAAAGGGCUUAAGAUGAAGAAUGCAGUUGUUUCCAGUGUGAAAAGGAAACAGCCUGGCCCUCAACAUUCAGUGAAUAGAAUCUGUAGAAUCUCAGCCACCCAUAGUCAAAACACCCAAGAAAUGCUCUUUAUACGUUUAUCUUGUGGAAACAAUAUCCCUUGAUAGAACACAGGCUGGCUGCUAAAACAGCAAGGAAGAAACUAUUGACCAAUUAAGGGCCAAGCUACACAUGACGAAUGACACUUGAACAGCAAGCGGAUUGAGUGGAGGGCAAGUGAACAGGGAGAAAUACACUUGCUGUUCAAGUGUCAUUCGUCAUGUGUAGCUUGGCCCUAAGAUUCAAGUGUUAUUAAAGACUUGGCAUUUUAACUGUUUCCCUAAGUUUGCACCUGCCGUUUCAAGCAAGGUUCCUGAAGCAGCUUGUAAAUACGACAAAUAUUUUCAGUGUUCAUAGAUAUACCAUAAAAAGUAUACAACAAAAGUCUAACUAAGUGAGUUGGGGGAAAAAAAACCCCAAACAUAUCGGCAAGCACUAAAAAUUCCCACAGAUACUCUUGGAGCAGCAUCAGUCCACCACCGACCGUUAGCUUUCCCUGAGGUGAAAAUCUGUCUCCCACAGAUAGCUUAUCUCCAUUCUUGAAGGCAGAAUGGAGCUGGCGUGCAGGGCCUUUUUGGAGAGAUGGGGAGACCUCAACGAAGGCCUCGAGGUUCUGCUUAUUCUCCUAAGACACAGUCAGCAGGGCUUCCCACCUGAGAGCUUUCCCAUGAGAUCUUAAGGCAGGGUGGGGAAUAUACACGAGCCAAUUCUCCUUCACACAUCCAGUAUUCCUUAGAGACAUGGUCGAACUCCCCUGGGGGUUGCUGAGGGAAGGGCGGGUCUGCAGGUGCUAGGUUUGCACAUUGUCUGCACAAGAGGAAAACCACAGCCUGCUCACGUGCAAUGAAAGAAAUGUAACUUAUAACCUCAGAACAAAGUCACACAACUGCAUUUCGUUCCUUUAAAAAAUACAAUGAAGGGAACAGAAAUUGUUUCAUCCGGUCUUCAAAUCCCAGCAGAGGGUCUUCAGAAGGGUCCCCGAACAAAAGAACGUGGACAGAGUGGUGACAUCUUAGAGGUAGUCCCUCUCCCAACAGAUGAAGUCUGAGGCCCUCAAGCUGCUUUUUCACCCUCUGAGGAAAAGAUGUGGUUGAUUCUGAACAGAAAAAUGACCAGAGAAGAAAGGGUUAAACUGCCGCCUUCCUGCUCAAAAGGGCAGCCACCCACAGCAGUUUUUCAUUUUAAAAACACUCUCCAAAAUGGAAAAAACUUUACCCGUAAGGAAGACUCGGGUUUUUUCACAUGAGCAAAACCAGGGAAUGUAUCUUAAAAUGGAUGGCCCAGAAUUGCCCAGUCUCAGAAGCUGAG